AACGUGCUUUUGCUUCGCUAGACGAUGGCCAUGCCAAGGAGCUGCUCUCUUACGAGCCCUCCUGCUCGAUGGCGGCAUUGAAGCAACAGCAGCAGCAGCAGCAACAACAGCAACAUCAUAUUUCACAUACGCAUCAGCACCAUGUGCCACUGCCACAGCGGUCGAACGAAAGCGGCAGUCACGCCCAUGAGUAUGUGUCUGGCUCAACCGCAUGUCCGACCUCACAGCCCAAUUCACCAGCGUUAGGAGUGUGCAAUGAGCCCGUGGACUCGCCUCUAGAGCAUACAAACAACUCCAGCUCAGAUCAUGCGGAUGUUACACAAAAGCUGCGACUCACACAAGCUUAUGCAGAGCGCACACCCGAAUCGCUUACACAAUCGAUAGAUCCCAUGGACAUAAUACCCAAAGCUGAGGCUGAAAAUGAGGCAGAGCGAGCGGCGCGUGCUGCACGCUACCAAGCACGAGAGCAGCAGCAUCAACACCAACAUCAACAACAGCAUCAACAGCAACAACAGACACAAACAAUGCAGCAUGCGCUACCAAGCCAACCGUUCUUUUCCAAUUAUACUCACAGUUUGCCGCCAAUGAAUGCACCAACUACCUCACAACAACCGCCUUACACACCUGGUCUGAUGAGUCGUUUUAGAAAGCGCGGAGAGCGUAUGUCCAAAGACCAAAAGGAAUUGUAUGUGAAGUUCUUUGAGGAUAACCCCUGCAUGCUUUCGAACCAUCGACGACACGACGGCCUUACCGAACCAUUGUGGGCUAAGUUGUCGCACCUGCUGAAUAGUGUGCCACAAGGAGCUGUGAAGAAUGUGGAGGAUUGGAAGCAGACAUUCGAUGCCUGGCGCUAUCGCAUAUUUAUGUACACACGCUACAAUUCCAAGCUGAGCAUGUCGGAAACAAGUGAUCCCAAGAACUUUAAGCCGCUAACGGCCACGGACCAAAAGGCAUAUGCCAUGUGGACAAGUCACAAGCACAUUGUGCCGCCAGACUACGAGAAAAUGGACAUGUUUGUGCCGCUGGACGAAAGCACAACCGCAACUAAUAGCUACGACUACUAGAAAACCAGUGCAACUGUUAUUAAUGAUUUGUACUUUAACUAAUGCUAAGCGAUAAAUACAUUAAUCUAAGCCAAACAAAAAAUGCAGUGUGA